AUGGGCAAUGAUGAGUUCGGCUGGUCCUCUGAAGACGAAGAGCAAUUCGCCGCUACCACAGAUGCUGUGCCAGAUGGAAAGCGCAAACUUACCCUCAACAGUGUGAACAAAGCUUCCUCACCCAAGCGAAACAGACAUGAGGAUAGUGCCAUCGUCACGCCUUCAGCCAACACAAUUCUUGCCAAUCGGAUCCUCAAGGAACGCUUCGCCAUCGAUGGCUUUCGGCUCCAACAGGAAAGAGCUAUCACUCGACUCCUCGAUGGUGGCAGUGCGGUCGUUGUGUUUCCCACUGGAGGUGGCAAGAGUCUUUGCUAUCAGGCGAGUCAUGUGCCUGCCGUGGCGUUCAGAUAUCAAGAUGCACAGCUUGGUCGCCGGACCGCUGACCAAAGCGGCGUCACCCUGGUCAUUGCACCGCUCAUCGCUUUGAUGAAGGAUCAGGUCGAUGCCCUUUUGCGCCGCGGCAUCAAAGCUGCUGUGCUGAAUUCGUCCAUCUCUCGCGACCAAUUCCUGGCUACACAAGAUGACCUCAAGAAAGGCCACUUAGAUCUUAUUUACUGCGCGCCAGAACGUCUCAAUAGUGAGGGCUUCAUUGCAUCACUCAAAGAUAUCCCUGGAGGCAUCCGUUUGUUAGCUGUCGAUGAAGCGCAUUGUAUCUCGGAGUGGGGCCACUCAUUUCGCCCUGACUACCUCAAGAUCUCUCGUUUUGCCAAAGAAGCGCAGGUUGAGCGAGUUGUGUGCCUAACCGCCACAGCAACGCCAAAGGUUGCCGAAGAUAUUCAAGCUGCUUUCUCCAUACCGAAAGAAGGCCUGUUCCGGACAACCAUGUAUCGUCCCAACCUACGUCUUUUAGCUGAGGCAAAUGGCAAAGACGCCGACUACGUAUCAAAGUUAGCUGCUCAUCUUGCGAAGUACCCCGGUCCUACCAUCGUGUACGUGACGAUUCAGAAAGGCGCAGAGACGCUGGCCGCAGAGCUGCAAAAGCGCGGCUUCAAGGCCAGGUUUUACCAUGCUGGAAUGCCCGCGGCACUGCGCUCCAAAACGCAAGAUGAGUUCCUCGUCAGCAAGGACAUGAUCGUUAUUGCUACAAUCGCAUUCGGUAUGGGCAUCGACAAGCCAGAUAUCCGUAACAUCGUUCAUUUCGACAUACCUGACAGUAUUGAAUCGUACAGUCAGCAGAUCGGCAGAGCUGGUCGAGACGGUAAGCCGAGUGUGUGUAUGUUCUAUCUCUCGACCAAAGACUUCUAUCUCCGCAACAUUUUCACCUACGGCGAUCGGCCUUCGUCACGCUCACUGAAGUCUCUAAUGCAAGAUAUAUGUUCGGCAGCUCGUGCGCAGCUCAAAGCGGGUGACACUUUCACACUCUCACUAUACACACAAGGCCAGGAUACCGACAUCAAAGCCACUGUUCUCGGCAUUCUGUACGCCCAAAUGGAGUUGAACUUCGAACUUUUCCGUUCUGCCGGGGCUCUCUACGCAAAAUAUAGCUACAUCACCAAGAAUCCGAACAUCGUGCGCAACGAUGGGUCGCCGGCGGCAUCCGCGAUUGUCAGGGCAUCAGUCAAGAGUAGCAAAUGGACACACAUCGCUUUGGAUGAUCUCGCAAAUUCGACUGGCAUCCCCCGAGCAGAUCUAGUGCGUAAAAUGGAUGAGUGGAACGAGCGCGGUGCGAUCGAGCUGAAGAAGGAGGGCGUACAGAACAUAUACCGUCUGGAGCGACCUCUACCGUCCACACCUGAAGAGAUUGACAAAAUCGUCAAACAGCUUGAUGAAACCAUGGAAAAAACCGAAAAGCAGAACCUUGCCCGGACUAAAGCACUACUCGACCUUAUCACCGACAAACGCUGCUUGUCUAGGUCUAUUGCGGACUAUUUCGGAGAGAGCUCUGAUAUAUCAGAAGAGUGUGGACAUUGCACGUGGUGUGAGACACACAGGCAAGUGGUACUACCCGACGAGCCGCCACAACCUCCCGACCCCAAAAAGGUUCAGCAGGUACUGAAGGAGAUCAGCGUACGCGAUGAUCCUAGGUUCCUUGCCAAGCUCGCGUUUGGAAUUAAGAGUCCACGUAUGACUGCACUGAAGCUCUUCUCCACGAGUGCGUUUGAGUCGAUGAAUGUGUGUGAUUUCCCAACGUUGUUGAACGUCUUUACAGAGGCUUGUGAGAAGCAGAGUAAGAAUGGCAAGGCUUGA